GAGAGAGUAGAGAAAAAGCAGCCGUUGGAGCACACAAAGCUGUUGAAACUAUAGCCGAGCCCCUUCAAUUAAGAGAGAGAGAAAGAUAGCAGUCCUUGGAGCAUACAACGCUGCUGAAACAUGGCCGAAGAGAGCAUCACUAGCCAAACAGCACAAAUAAAUUCCAAUCUUGAAGUUCCUUCCGGCGAAGUCCAGCCCGGUCGCAUACCUAUGAAUCUAAAAUUGCUCAAAUCAGCAAGAUCAGGAGAUAGAAGAAUUCUGGAUGAGUUACUACGACCAGGAGAUACUCGCCUCCUCCUUGGAGUUACAUUGGAGGGAAACACGGCCCUCCAUAUAGCUGCUAGCCGAGGACAUCACGAGAUUGUCGAGAUUUGUCGUAGAGAGAUCUCUAUUUUUGUAGCACCAAACACGAGGCUGGACACUCCAUUGCAUUGCGCUGCAAGGGCUGGGUAUGCCUCGGUGGUCACCUCCAUCAUCGAGUUUGCAAAGCAGAAAGGGAUCAAAGAAAGAGUGCUGAGGGCGAGGAACAAAGACGAGGCAAAUGCUUUGCAUGUUGCUGCCAAAUAUAACCAUGUGGGCGUGGCCAAUGUUAUGAUGAAUGAGGAUGUCGGACUGGCAUCCAUGUUGAACGAAGCUGGUAUGUCUCCGCUCUAUCUGGCUAUCGCGACAGGAUCCCUCGAUAUAGCCAAAGCCUUGCUACAGUCUUUUUCUAUGAAGAAUGAUUCUCCAGCAUAUUAUGCUGGCCCUAACAAGAACACGGCGUUGCAUGCAGCAGUCCUCCUAAGUUCAGAAAUUACACAAGAAUUAUUGGAUCGGAAGCCGGAGCUCACCAAAGGUGUCGGUUUCUUGGGGAGAAUUCCUCUUCAUUAUGCAGCUUUAUAUGGUCAUCAUGAUACGGUGAAGCUAUUAUUAAAGCGCGAUCCCUCUACAGCCUACCAACCAGAUGCCAAUGGCUCAUUUCCCAUACACAUGGCAGCCAGUAUGGGAAACGUUCAUAUACUUCAACAGAUUUUAAAACAGUGCCCGGCUACAGAUGAAUUAUUAGACAAAAAGGGAAAGAAUUUUCUUCAUGUCGCUUUCAAACGGCGAAGGUUAGAUGCGGUCAAGAAAAUUAUCUCCAGGAGACAGGAUCUCAGGAAGCUGUUAAAUGACCAGGAUAGCAAGGGAAAUACGCCGUUACACACGGCUGUUAAAAUGAGUGACAAAGCGAGCGUGUAUUUUCUUCUACGGGACAAAACCGUAUGCGUCAACGUUAUCAACCACGACGGCUUCACCCCUCUCGACUUGGCUUACCAAUUGUCGGAUAGAGGCAUGCAAUUCCUGAUGAAUGCAAAAUGCUGCAUUGCCAACUGCUUGGCUUUAACAAAGGCUCUGUCCGGUCCACAAGAAAUAUUUCAUGAUUUAGAAAGCGGCAAAUUAUCCAGUGAUGAGACCAAAGAGAAACUGUCCGGCGAUGAUAUGUUCAAAAAAGAAUCAUCCAACGUCGAGGACAAGGAAAUCAGGAAACAGGUGGAUUUAGCCAAAAAUGAUAAGUUCAAAAAAGAAUCAUCCAACGUCGAGGACAAGGAAAUCAGUAAACAGGUGGAUUUAGCCAAAAAUUUCGGGAUUGCUACGGUGUUGAUUGCUACGGUCACAUUUGCUGCUGGUUUCACGGUCCCCGGGGGGUACAUAGCUGAUGAUCAUCCAGGCCAUGGCACAGCAGUUCUAGCAAAAGAGUAUGCCUUCAAGGUAUUCCUAGUCUCAGAUGCCUCCGCGUUGGUCUGCUCCAUCGUAGCCACAUUCUGGCUCAUGCAUGCAGGAACGUCGACAGUUGAUACACCUACUCGCAUACGAGCUUUUUUGUGGGCUUUAAAUUUUCUAUGGGUGGGAUUGCAGGGCAUGUGCACUGCAUUCGCGAUGGGUAUAUAUGUAGUGUUGCCUCCCAGCUGCAAGCGUAUCAGCAUUCUUUUAUGCAUCAUUGCUCUCGGAGCCCCUCUUUUAGCUCGUAUGGUGGCAAAUUAUAAGCUCUGUGUUUUGCUGAUAACAGUAAGAAUCAGGCAAGGGUACAGACAAUGUAAUUCCCCAACAUUACGCCCCUAUGAUAAGAAACGUCUUGGUGGUCUUGUGCUGGGCGGUAGACGUCUCAUUUUUGAUCUGCUUCGGACAUUGGGCGUUUAUGCUAUGUUUUUCCUGUUAGCGAUGCUCUAGGUGUGUAAAAAUCGAAGCGGCAGUUGUCAGCCUGCAUGGCUGACAUUGGGAGUAAUAUUUUAAUUAUUUUUUAUUUUUCACAUGU